AUGUCGGUGGCUUCGGUUCAGCCAGUAGCGGCUCAGCCAGUGAGUCAGAUCGCAGCAGUGCAGCCGUUGGGUCAGAUUGCACCGGCGCCGCGGGGUUACUCUUCAGUGGAGACUGGCGGGACUAGUCAGACCGGGCAGAUCACAGGGACCUUGUUAGUGGGCGGUUUUGAGUCCCACGUUUUAUUCGACUCUGGAGCAUCGAAUUGCUUCAUUACACCGGAGCGUGCCGAGAAGAGUGGCAUCCGGAGUAGCGCGGGCGAGAGCGCGGGCAUGGUCAAGGUGGCGGGAGGUGGAUUCUUGUCUACUUUGGGCCGUGCUAGAGGAGUCGAGAUCGAGAUUGCGGGGCAGUCAAUGCCAGCAGACUUAGUCAUCAGUCCGGUGGAGCUGUAUGACGUUAUUCUCGGGAUGGACUGGUUGUCACACUACAGAGUUCAUCUGGAUUGCUACAGAGGUAGAGUGGUCUUCGAGCGAGAUGCAGGGAGGUUGGUUUAUCAGGGAGUGAGACCGACUUCCGGGAGUAUUGUGAUAUCUGCUAUUCAGGCCGAGCAGUUGUUAGAGCGGGGCUGUGAGGCGUAUCUGGCGACGAUUUCUAUGUCUGAGUCAGGAGCUGGAGUUGUUAUGGGAGAUAUUGAGGUUGUCCAGGAUUUUGAGGAUGUCUUUCAGUCACUGAAGGGAUUACCACCAUCUCGGUCUGAUCCUUUCACGAUUGAGUUAGAGCCGGGGACAGCACCGAUAUCGAAGACGCCUUACAGGAUGGCGCCAGCUGAGUUGGCAGAGCUGAAGAAGCAGAUAGAGGACCUUUUGUCUAAGGGGUUCAUUCGACCAAGUGUUUCACCGUGGGGAGCACCGGUGUUGUUUGUGAAGAAGAAGGAUGGCAGUUUCAGACUUUGUAUCGAUUACAGAGGUCUUAACCGAAUUGACUUGGCAUCGGGGUAUCAUCAGAUCCCGAUAGAUGAGGCAGAUGUCAGGAAGACUGCUUUCAGGACGCGUUAUGGGCAUUUUGAGUUUGUGGUUAUGCCUUUCGGUUUGACUAACGCGCCGGCAGCCUUCAUGAGAUUGAUGAACGACGUGUUCAGGGAGUAUUUGGACGUGUUCGUCAUCAUUUUCAUUGAUGAUAUUCUGGUAUACUCGAGGAGUCAGGAGGAGCAUGCGACUCACUUGAGGUUGGUUCUGGAGAAGCUUCGGGAGCAGAAGCUUUUUGCUAAGUUGAGCAAGUGCAGUUUCUGGCAGCGAGAGAUGGGAUUUCUUGGCCACAUUGUUUCUGCAGAGGGAGUUUCUGUGGAUCCGGCUAAGAUUGAGGCUAUCAGAGAUUGGCCUAGACCUAGUAGUGCCACCGAGAUCAGGAGUUUUCUGGGUUUGGCAGGAUACUACAGGAGGUUCGUCAAGGGGUUUGCUACCAUGGCGCAGCCGAUGACGAAGUUGACCGGGAAGGAUGUCCCUUUUAUUUGGUCAGCUGAGUGUGAGGAGAGCUUUAGUCAGCUCAAGGAGAUGUUGACUACUACACCAGUGUUGGCGUUACCCGAGCCAGGGAAGCCUUACAUGGUGUAUACAGAUGCUUCAGGCAUUGGUCUUGGUUGUGUGCUGAUGCAGGAGGGCAGAGUGAUAGCAUAUGCUUCGAGACAGUGGCAGGGCAGUGAGCGUAACCGUCCUACACAUGACUUAGAGUUGGGAGCAGUGAUCUUCGCGUUGAAGAUUUGGAGGUCUUACUUGCUAGGUGAGACAGUACAGGUCUUCACGGAUCACAAGAGUUUGCAGCAUAUCUUCACUCAGCCGAUGAUGAACGCGAGACAGACGCGCUGGGUUGAGUUCUUGGCGGAUUAUCAGGUGAGCAUUAACUACCAUCCGGGCAAGGCUAACCUAGUGGCGGACGCGUUGAGUAGACGGAGGUAUGAUUCCGCAGUUGAGCGAGAUGUGGAGUCUCUAGUUGGCGAGAUCAGUACCUUGCGUUUGUGUGCCAUUUCGCAGGAGCCUUUGGGUUUAGAGGCAGUGGAUCAGGCGGAUCUACUUAGCAGGAUCAGAGUUGCUCAGCAGAGUGAUCAGAGUUUGCUAGAUGCGACGAGAGUGACUGGUUCUGAGUAUGAGGUCUCUGCGAAUGGGACUAUCUUGGUUCGUGGGCGAGUUUGUGUGCCUAAGGAUGUGGAGUUGAGACAUCAGAUUUUGGGAGAGGCUCACGCGAGCAAGUUUUCCAUUCAUCCGGGAGCGACCAAGAUGUACCAUGACCUCAAGAGGUACUAUCAUUGGGUCGGGAUGAAGAGGGAUGUAGCAGACUGGGUUGCGAAGUGCAACACUUGUGCCUUGGUGAAGGCAGAGCAUCAGGUUCCGGGUGGUCUUUUGCAGAGUUUACCCAUUCCAGAGUGGAAGUGGGACAGGAUUACGAUGGAUUUCGUGGUUGGACUACCUGUUUCAGGACUUUCGAUGCUAUCUGGGAAGUUUGUGCGAGAGAUUGUGAGGCUGCAUGGAGUGCCAGCUAGUAUUGUGUCAGACCGUGAUCCCAGAUUCACUUCAGAGUUUUGGAGGGCGUUUCAGGCAGAGAUGGGCACUAAGGUGCAUCUGAGUACAGCUUAUCAUCCGCAGACAGAUGGUCAGUCAGAGAGGACUAUUCAGACUUUGGAGGAUUUGCUGAGGAUGUGUGUGUUGGAUUGGGGUGGCCAUUGGGCAGAUCACCUGAGCUUAGUUGAGUUUGCAUACAACAACAGCUUUCAGGCGAGUAUUGGCAUGGCUCCAUUCGAGGCUUUGUAUGGGAGGCCAUGUAGGACACCCCUAUGCUGGACCCAAGUGGGGGAGCGCAGCAUGUAUGGAGCUACUUAUGUUCAGGAGACGACAGAGAAGGUUCGUGUUGUGAGGCUGAACAUGAAGGAGGCUCAGGAUAGGCAGAAGAGUUAUGCAGAUAGACGCAGACGAGAGCUUGAGUUUCAGGUUGGAGAUAGAGUUUAUCUCAAGAUGGCUAUGUUGAGGGGUCCUAACAGAUCCAUAGCAGAGAACAAGCUGAGUCCGCGAUUUAUGGGUUUUUCAUGUGUCGAUGCUGAGGAAGUGUCUUCACCUACAGAGGAGUUAGUGGCUAGGAUUCCAGAGGAUCUUCAGCCAGAUUUGACAGUGCCGGCAGUGCCUAUGAGGAUUUUAGAGAGGAGGGAAAAGGUUCUGAGGAACAAGAGGAUUCCCUUACUGAGGAUUUUGUGGGAUUGCAGUGGUUCUACAGAGGAGACUUGGGAGCCAGAGGCAAAGAUGAAGUUGAAGUUCAGGAAGUGGUUCGACAAGCAGGUCGAGGAGUGA